CUAUGGAACAUCGAGCUCAUUGAGAAACGAAACACGCGGCGUUCUAAAGACAGGGCCUCCAAUUCAUCGGUUGGCCGACUUAGAUCCACGGAUAUGAUUCGCCGCUGAAUGUUCCUCCCCGCUCCUUUGAACGACGGCACCCACGCGAAGAUGCAGGUGAAUGAAUAGGUCCCGUGGAAGGCGAUGCUUUGCGAAUGGAAGCUAGGCUCUCUCGUAAUGACCGAAGGUCAGGUGUGGCAGUGCAAGUCACCGUUAGCGAAGCCGGACUGGAACCACCGGAUGCCCGCUUGGGUUGAAAGGAGUACUGAUGAGAGUUGCAUCUCCAGAAAUUGGAACUGCUGGAUUCUGCGAUCUAGGGAUGCUGCCCCCGCCGCCAGCCGAUGGGUUAUAUUAGGUAAAAACAGGUUUUUGUACUGACAUGUUGAAAGAGUAGGCGGGGUUAUCGUCUUUAAUUGAGGUGAUGCAAGGCAAGGCGUUUUUGCUGUCUCCACCACUGCCCCGUUUUGAAGCGUCUCCUUCUGCUUCUGGAGUUUACGGCCUCCCAUGUUUUCCCGAGGCUGAAUGCUCUGACAGUGUCUUUCCCCACCAGCCCCUCGGUGCCUUCGUCUCUCCACCAAGAUGAGCACUUGGUAUUGCACUGCCCGGAUUCUCCGACCCAAUGUCAGCAUUCUCACUGUAAGGAAGUCUUUGUGUCUCCUGAGCAAAUGGGGUCGGCCUCCUGUUAGAUCCUCCUCUAAGGAUGUUCAGAGCUGGUUCCGAUGCAAAGCCGUGGCAAAGAUACCUUUUGUGGGCUGGGGGAUUGGAGCAUUGUCUCAGGGUGCCAGGUGCGAAAGGGUAUCCAAUAGCGAUGCCCAAGUAAUUGCAAAUGUCCACCUUCCCAAAGGGAGACUUUCUUCAGCUGCUUUCCUAAGGCGCAUUGGGUUAGCCUUUUCUGCUGUGAUCCGAGCCUGCAUCCUGUUGCUGAAAUUCGGCCCCUUGCUUUGGCUCUACCCCGUUACCUACUUCUCUCCGAGCUUCAUGUCACUCUGGAUCCGUCUUCUGCUGAAGGUGACCGAAUCCUCUGGGCCAACUUACAUCAAACUCGGCCAGUGGGCCAGCACGAGGCGGGACCUCUUUUCCGAAGAGUUCUGUGACAACUUCUCCAAGCUUCACAUCAAGGUGAUUCCUCACCCAUGGGCGUAUACAGAGCGUUUGCUGGAGAAGGCAUUUGGGGUGGGGUGGGAGAGGGCCUUCAGGUUUGAAAGCCAGGAGCCUGUUGGGUCUGGCUGCGUUGCCCAGGUGUAUAAAGCUUACGUGGACCUUCCCGCUCUUGGAGAGCCAGUGCUGAAGGAACUCUCAAAGAGCUCUGCGUUGGAUUCGGCCUUGGAAGCCUGGGAGGUGUCCGGGCUGAAGGGGCUCCUCAGGUGGCUUUGGAAGAGGAAGCAUGAAGGCGUUUCGGAAGGGUAUGGUGGCCAUCGGCUGCGUCAUGAAAAUGAUUCUCGAGAAGGUGAUGAUCAGAAUUUCAGUUCUGGAUAUCAAAGCAGACUGUUACCUUCUCCCAAGAGGGACCGCCUUGUUCCAGUAGCCAUUAAGGUGCUGCAUCCUGGAUUAGUUCGUCAGGUCCAAAUGGAUCUCUUUCUAAUGAAGGCUGGCAGUCGAUUCAUUGAGCUUUUCCCAGGGAUCAGGUGGCUCAGCCUGAUGGAGAUUGUGGAGGAGUUUGAGAAACUCAUGAUUCAGCAGAUAGACUUGCGCUACGAAGCAAGGAACCUGGAGCGCUUCCGCCAUAACUUCCGAGAUGUAGACUAUGUGACGUUCCCUGUCCCGCUUCGUCCUUUUGUGACGAGAAACAUCCUAGUGGAAACCUUUGAGGAGAGCAAGCCCAUCUCCCAGUAUCUGCACACUGAGGCCACGAUGGAGCUGCGGAGGAAAAUAGCCAAGAUGGGGAUGGACAUGCUUCUGAAGAUGGUGUUUGUCGACAACUUCGUCCAUGCUGAUCUGCACCCUGGGAAUAUCCUGGUCCAGGGAGCAGAGGUCUCCAGUGACUGCCUGGAGGACCGUACGGCCAUUGUGGACCUGUUGGACACACUGAUUUUGGAGGUGCAGCCUUCUCGCUCCCCGCUCCGUCUGGUCCUUCUGGAUGCAGGAAUUGUAGCGGAGUUGCAGGGGGCUGACCUUGAGAACUUCCGGGCUGUCUUCACCGCUGUGGUAUUGGGGCAGGGGGAGAGAGUGGCAGAGUUAAUCCUUAAUCACUCCAGAGCGAAUCGUUGCAAGGAUGUGGAGCGAUUCAAAGCCGACAUGGCAGAGCUGGUGGCGAAGGCCAGGCGCAACACUGUAGCAUUGGGCAAGCUUGAAGUUGCAAGCCUGCUGUCCAGUGUUUUCAAGUUACUGAUGACCCAUCAGGUGAAGCUGGAGAGCAACUUUGCCUCAGUUGUCUUUGCCAUUAUGGUUUUAGAAGGCCUCGGUCGGUCACUGGACCCUGAACUGGACAUCCUGAAGGCAGCUAAACCUCUUCUCAUCAAACCUCCAAAUGCCCUCCUGUAGUAGUGAUAGGUGCUGUUCAGAAUGGCCCCUUUGGGCUUCUGCCCAUAUAUUUACCUCUUAGGUGGUUGCCAGCCUCUACAUCUAAAAUGGAAGAUUUGGCUGGGGAUCACUUUUCAGCUAACCUGUGUUAGGAUGGGCAGCAUUCAGGUGCUAAAACCAUUCUGUCUUGAUCCUGAAAUUGAGAUCCAAUCCCUUAGGGCAGGGUUGGGAGUAUGUCAUCCUCCAGAUAUUGUUGGACUACAAGUCUUGCCAGUCCUAGUUAGGCUGGCAAAUGGUGUGAGAAUGAUUGGAGUUGCAGUCCAAAAUCUGGAGGCCCACGUCUUCCCCAUACCUGCCUUAUGGAAUGCUGCAUUUCAAAAGUGUGUCUUCAGUGCCAAGGGCUAUACCAACAACUGGUGAUGCUCUUAGGUGUGAAUUGUGACCUUGAUUGUGUUGGGUUCCAUAUGAACUUGCCUCUAGAAAGAUAACUCUUCCAGAUUGGGUUCAGACAACAUGAUACCCAAUGGUGGUUUAAAUAGAUGAUGGUUGGUUAUUUAACCCACCAUGGGUUCUUGUGUUGUGUGGAGGGUUUUUUUAAACCAAUGGUUGGAUAUUUGGUCGAAAUAACCAACGCUGUGCAGAGUUGAACCACCAUUGCUUAUCAUGUUGUGUGGAGGGCACUGUUGGUUAUUUCGUUGGCCACAGAAUCACAAGGCAAGAGCGGUCAUAGUGGUGGCUGCCGUUGCAUAGUCCAGCUGGCAGGAUAGAUUUUCUGCAGCAGUGGCUGAUGGGAUACUAGUUGGGGGAGAGAGGGCAGGGGAGGAGUAAGUAAACUCAGUGUCCACUAAUGGUCAACUCAACGGUGAUCCUAAUCCACACCAUGGUUGAUUAUCAUGUUGUGUGGGGAAUACCCCCUAAACAACUGUCGAGUUGAUUAUUACCCCUCCGUUGACUAUCGUGUUGUCUGAAUGCAGCCUCAGUUGACUGGAAUAAACGGGGAAAAAAACCCUGGUCUUGCACCAGUCUUAAGGAAAUGCCCAUUAUACAGUUUCAGCACUUAACUCCACUACCUUCUCAAGAAAUAGAAAGGCAAGAACAACAUCUGUACCAAACUGUAUUUUCACAAUGGGAAGCAAAUCAUAUGCAAUUAAUGCUGCGGUGCAUUAUAAGAAAAUCAGUUGAAAAGAACCAUCUUUUCUUUUUUUUAAAGCUCUUGGUUGUCUUUUCUGCUGGCCUAUCAGCUGGUCUAAGAACUUUAGGAAGAGAAUGUAUUUAAAAUUCCCUGCUGGUGCUCUUUGACCUUAACUACUAGGCAGCUGCUUUCAACCAAAAAUACUGCGAGUAACCAAAAUACUAGUUUUUACAAGUAGAUGAAUGUAUUUCUAUAUGUAAUUGAUAUUGGGGAACUUAGAUUCAUUAA